UACGUUUUGAGGUAACUUUUUGGGGUUGUUGCAACGAGGUGUGUGGAGGAGCCCACGAUCGAUGGAAGCGCACUUCGACAAGGUCUUUGAUGCGUCGGGCAACCGAACGGCGCGGGAAGACAGGCCAGAGAGAGAUGGUACCCUCGCGCCACGGCCGUUAAAGCGUGUGAAGCAUGUGACGCAAGCAGCGGCAGGCACCGAUGCGACGAUCUCGGCCGCCGACGACGAAGGCAGUGCCGAGUUUGCGCUCAACGAACGCGUCGUCAAACAAAUGGUGUCGUCGCUGGAGAAGAAGUUACAGAAGAAUGACGUGUUGCGCUCAAAGUAUGCCGCUGAACCGUCUAAGUUUAUGGAGUCCGAGAUUGCGCUCCAUGAAGAGAUCACGAGAAUCAAAGACGUCGCAACAAUCCCGUCCCUCUUCCAUGUGCUGAUUCAGUCGGAGGCAAUUCCAUUGUUCGUCCAGUUGCUCACCCACGAGAACAUGGAUAUCCGCUUCGACAUCAUCGCGCUCCUGGCGGACGUGACGGACGUCGCCGAUGACGACGGGCCCGGUGAAAUGGAGAUUGCGCAGACGCUUGUGCGCGGGAUCGUCGACUUGAACGGACUGCAGCUCCUCUGCGACACCCUCGUCAUGCUAACGUCGUCCUCUGUGAGCGAAGAUGACGACGCAACCCGCGUCGCAAUCUACAAUACGCUGCACAUCGUGGAGAACCUGGCAGAGCUGCUGCCGGACUCCUGCAAAGCCAUGGCGACGUCGACUCCGAUGCUCAACAUUCUCCUUCAUCAGUGCAGCAUGAAGACCGACAUGACAGAGAACCGAUUGUACUGCAGCGAGAUCUUGUCGAUUGUCCUGCAGAGCGCCGACGAAGACACGUGUUUGGCGCUCGUGGCGGCCCCAGGGACCGAAGACCGGCUGGACCUCAUGCUCCAAGUGCUGGCCAAGUACCGGAAGAAAGACCCGGCGACGACGGAAGAGGAAGAGAUGGUGGAAAACGUAUUCAACGCACUCUGCAGUGCACUGCGUGUACCGGCCGUCCAAGAUCGAUUCCGUGGCCUGGAAGGAUUUGAACUCAUGCUGCGCUGCCUGAAAGAAAACAAAUUUUGCACGACGUCCUCGCUGCGAGUUCUCGACCACGCCAUCAUGAACCACACGCGAAACUGCGAGCGACUCAUUCAAAUCGGGGGUCUGAAACAAGUGUUUCCGGCAUUCAUGGGCAAAAUCAAGCGCAAAAAGCGACAGGAACGAGUUCAGGACGAGCAUCUUUUUUCGAUCUUGGCAACGUUGUGCUUGUGGCUCCCUGUGGAGACGUCCCGCGGCGCCGUCCUCGACCGGCUGCACGCCAAAUUUCGCGAAAACAACGUGGAAAAGACCGACCGCCUCCUCGAUCAAUUCCUCGCGUAUUAUGCACGUGUGCAUGCGCUGCCCAAACCCGUGUUCAAGGACGACGACGCGAUCGACGAGUACAACGAAGCAGUCGAAGGAUACCGACUGCACCAGCUCGAGGUCGGGCUCUUUCCUCUCCAACAAAUCGCGUUUGUUUUGUGUCACUUGGUUCAAGUCCUGCCGUCGUUACGGGCGCAUGUCGCGGCAAAGCUCCGUGCGUACGACCACAGCAUGGACACGCUUCGCCAGCUGCUCGUAGACCAGGUUGCAUCGCUCACCCAAGACGACGACGAUGGCGACGAUGCGACUCUGACAGGGUCGGUCCAGCUCCAUCGGCUCACGGAUCUCAUCCACGCGUUGGAAGCGCCAGACGGCAUCACGCCAACAUGAAAAACUAGCCACGCACGACGAACGAGGUAUACCGAUCACGUCUGGCAUGACGCACGUGUUAACUUAAAAGAAAGCGUCGCUGCCGACUCUUGAAGUGCUUGGUGGGCAGACCCAGCGCCGCCGUGUAGACUGCUGCCCUACCGCACCACGUCGGACGCGUGCAUCUUUGAAAACUGCCGAAUUAAAUCUUGCUCCUCGGGGUCGUACAGGGCCUGCAGCGGCG